AUACACACACAUAUAUAUGUGAGAGAGAUUUUGGGAACUCAUGUAAACAAACCAAACCAAACCAACUGCUUCUUUCUUUUCAGUUUCCUUUCAAUUCUAGGGUUUUAACUCUCUUUUUGCUCUCAUCAUUUACUUACAUUGUUACAUUUUUCCUCUGAAUUCCAUCUUCUACUGCACUUUCAGCCGAUUUUUUAGGUAAUCAUAAUGGUAAGGGGGGCGACUGAAGGUUCCAGUGGAGAGGAAAGUCCUGAGCCCGGGGAGGUUGGUUCCGGUCAAGGUAGCCGUGGUCAAAGGCGGCAUGAUCGUUACCAGGGUGGUGGACAGUCACAUAGAAGUAGUCGCCGGGAUCGAAGGGGUGAUGAUGGUGGCCGCUCCCGGAAGUAUCGUAGCGGAUCUCCUGAACGACCCCGGCAGAAAAGGAGCGAAGGUUCCAGUGGCGAGGAAAGUCCUGAGCCCCAUGAGGCUGGUUCCGGUCAAGGUAGCCGCGGUCAAAGGCGGCAUGAUGGUUACCAGGGUAGUGAAAAGUCACGAAGUCGUCGCUGGGAUCGAAGGAGCGAGGAAGGUGGUGGUGGUUCCCGCCAGUACCGUAGUGGAUCUCCUGAACGACUCCGGCAGAAAAGGAGCGAAGGUUCCAGUGGCGAGGAAAGUCCUGAGCCCCGUGAGGCUGGUUCCGGUCAACGUAGCCGCGGUCAAAGGCGGCAUGAUGGUUACCAGGGUGGUGAACAGUCACGAAGAAGUAGUCACUGGGAUCGAAGGAGUGAGGAAGGUGGUGGUGGUUCCCACCAGUACCGUAGUGGAUCUCCUGAACGACUCCGGCAGAAAAGGAGUGAAGGUUCCAGUGGAGAGGAAAGUCCGGAGCCCCGUGAGGCUCGUUCUGGUCAACGUAGCCGUGGUCAAAGGCGGCAUGAUGGUUACGAGGGUCGUGGACAGUCACGAAGAAGUAGUCACAGGGAUCGAAGGAGUGAGGAAGGAGGUGGUGGUUCCCGCCAGUACUGUAGUGGAUCUCCUGAACGACUCCGGCUGAAAAGGAGUGAAGUUUCCAGUGGAGAGGAAAGUCUGGAGCCCUGUGAGGCUGGUUCUGGUCAACGUAGCCGUGGUCAAAGGCGGCAUGAUGGCUACGAGAGUCGUGGACAGUCACGAAGAAGUAGUCACAGGGAUCGAAGGGUUGAGGACAGCGGUAGGUCCGGGAAGUAUUAUAGUGGAUCUCCUGAACGACCCCGUGGGGAAAGCCGUGAGCCCCUGGAGGCUCGUUAUUAUCAAGAAAGAGGGUGGCGGAGUGGCCAUCAUGAAAGAAUGCAGCGGAGUGGUGGGCGAGAUAGUUACCAGGGUGAUCAUCAUGAAAGAGGUCGGCGGAGUGGUGGAAAAGAUAGUUAUCAAAGUGGUGGGCUGCCACAAAGAAGACGCUGGGAAGAUCGGGGUGGUUCUCAGCAGUAUCAUAGUGAAUCUCCUGAACAACCCCAGCAGAAACUUCGAAGAGGAACUGAUCCACGUCAGCAUCAUGGUGAGUCCGGGCCGUCUUAUGCUGAUGGACCUUCAAGGUCAUCGGUUCCCGACCUGUACCAAGCCACACAGGCGCCUCUGCAGCCCGUGACCACAUCGCAGCCUAUGUUUCAAGCUGAGCCAGAUGAACCGUCUCAGCAGCCCUCUGUGCAACAAGACGGACCCAAGCCCAAACCGUCUCAGAAGCUCUCUGUGCAAGAAGACGAGCCUGUUUGGCGUGAACUAGCCUCCAACAAGUCGCUUAAACCUCCGCUGCGUCCAGGAUUCGGUAGCAAAGGGACCAGAUGCAUUGUCAAGGCAAACCACUUUUUUGCUGAAAUGUCUCGUAAGGAUUUACACCAAUAUGACGUGACAAUCACUCCAGAGGUGACAUCACGUGGCGUGAAUCGCUCUGUAAUGGAGCAACUGGUGAAAUUGUACCGAAAAUCCGAUCUCGGGAAGCUGCUUCCUGCAUAUGACGGAGGAAGGAGUUUGUAUACAGCGGGGCCUUUUCCCUUUAUUUCAAAGGAAUUUAAAAUCACUCUUGUAGACGAGGAUGAUGGUUCAAGCAGAAUUAGUAAAGCACGCAAUUUUACAGUUGUGAUCAAACUGGCGGCACUUGCCGAUUUGCGGCACCUGGAAAUGUUUUUAGCGGGGAGGGUAACAGAUGCACCUCAAGAAGCGUUUCGGAUAAUGGAUAUUGUUUUGCAGCAGUUGCCUACUAAACGGUAUUCUUCUGUGGGACGAUCAUUUUUUUCUUCUGAUUUGGGUCGUCCACAAUCACUGGGUGACGGGUUGGAGAGUUGGCGUGGGUUCUAUCAGAGCAUGCGGCCUACACAGAUGGGACUGUCUUUAAAUAUCGAUAUGGCUGCAACUGCAUUCGUCGAGGCAGUGCCUGUGAUAGACUUUGUCAAACAACUUCUGAAUAGGAAUGACACAACAAGACCUUUAUCUGAUGCUGACCGAGUGAAGAUAAAAAAAGCGCUUAAAGGAGUGAAGGUUGAAAUAACUCACCGUGGAACUAUGCGCCGGAGGUUUAGCAUAUCCGGUUUAACAUCUCAAGCAACACGCGAGCUACAGUUCACGGUUGAUGGUGACGGAGAUACGGUGACGAAAUAUGUGGUUGAUUACUUCAAGGAUGCUUACGGGUUUUCCAUCCAGCAUGUACAUUGGCCGUGCUUGCAACUUGGCGGGACCCAUAGGAAAAAUUAUAUGCCUAUGGAGGUCUGCAAGAUUGUAGCGGGCCAGAGGUAUUCAAGGAAGCUAAAUGAGCGACAAGUUACCGCCCUUCUUAAGGUCACGUGUCAACGCCCUCAGGAACGAGAGCAUGGUAUUCUCAAGACUGUUAAGCAAAAUGCUUAUGACCAAGAUCCUUAUGCUAAAGAGUUUGGGAUAAAAAUUAGCAGGGAACCGGUUUCUAUUGAAGCUCGAAUAUUGCCUCCUCCACGGCUUAAAUAUCAUGACACAGGCCGUGAACCGGACUGUUUGCCUCGAGUUGGCCAAUGGAACAUGAUCAACAAGAAAAUGGUCAAUGGUGGAACAGUCGAUAGCUGGAUCUGCAUAAACUUUGCACGGAAUGUUAACGAUAAAGUUGCUCGUACUUUUUGUUCAGCAAUUGCACAAAUGUGCAAUCGUGUUGGUGUGGAAUUUAAUCCUGAGCCUGUGCUUCCUGUACUUUGUGGUCGUCCGGAUCGAGUCGAGAGAGACUUGAUGGCUCACUUUCAUGAUGCCAUGAUCGAACUUCAGCCCCGCAAAAAGGAACUUGAUCUGCUUAUUGUCAUUCUACCAGACAACAAUGGAUCACUUUAUGGUGACGUGAAAAGGAUCUGUGAGACUGAUCUUGGCAUUAUUUCACAGUGCUUUUUAACCAAAAAUGUCUUUAAGACGAGUAGGCCAUAUCUUGAAAAUGUUGCAUUAAAGAUAAACGUUAAGGUUGGUGGAAGAAAUACGGUUCUUGCUGAUGCAUUAUCAGGAUGCAUACCUAAUGUCAGCGAUAUCCCUACUAUCAUAUUUGGUGCUGAUGUCACUCAUCCGCACGCUGGAGAGGAUUCAAACCCCUCGAUUGCAGCUGUUGUGGCGUCCCAGGAUUGGCCUGAGAUCACCAAAUAUGCGGGACUGGUUUGCGCACAGGCUCCCUGCCAGGAACUCAUUGAAGAUCUGUACACGGAAUCACGGGAUCCAAAUAGAAGCGAACUCUCUGGUGGCAUGAUCAGGGAACUUCUGUUAUCAUUCCGCAGAGCAACCGGGCACAAACCAAAGCGUAUCAUCUUCUACAGGGACGGUGUGAGUGAAGGGCAGUUCUACCAAGUUCUACUACAUGAACUUGAUGCAAUCCGUAAGGCUUGUGCAUCAUUGGAGCCAGAUUAUCAGCCUCCAGUGACAUUUGUUGUGGUUCAAAAACGCCAUCACACCCGGUUGUUUGCAGACAACCACCGUGAUUAUUAUUCUGUAGACAAGAGUGGGAAUAUAAUGCCCGGCACAGUGGUUGAUACAAAGAUUUGCCAUCCUACAGAGUUUGAUUUUUAUUUGUGCAGCCAUGCUGGCAUUCAGGGUACAAGCCGGCCAUCGCAUUACCAUGUAUUGUGGGAUGAGAACAAGUUUUCAGCUGAUGACUUGCAAUCGCUCACGAAUAAUCUUUGCUAUACAUAUGCUAGGUGCACGAGAUCUGUUUCCAUUGUACCACCAGCGUACUAUGCUCAUCUGGCUGCUUUCCGGGCACGGUACUACAUGGAGUCAAGUGCAUCUGACAGCGCGUCCAUGAUCAGUGGUCGUCAAGGCACAAAUGCGCCAGCUUCAACUGACGCUGUUAAACCUCUCCCCGCACUCAAGGACAGUGUCAAGCGGGUUAUGUUCUAUUGCUGAAAUUGCAUGUUGUGAUAUUGUGAUGACCAAGUUACUAUCUUUAGUUGUUGCUUUUAUUAAUGUAGUAAUGCUAUCGAAUUUAUUUGUGAAACAAUAUUUUUUUU